AUGGCAUCCCCAUUUUCACCACCGAUCCUCUAUUUAACCGAUGAUGAUAACGAUGAUGACAGUCGCAUUGAUCUAAGUAUGCCAUAUGGUAAUUCAUUUGAACCUGCAAUGAACGAAAAUUUACCACAUAAAAAACGAAAAUUACCAAAUACAAAUGCUCAGAUUAAGCCAUCAACGUUUAGUUUCUCAAAGAAACAACGAAAUGAUAAUUAUCAUCAUCAUCGUCAACAACAACAACAACAACAACUGCAUAUAGCAAAAAAUUUCAUUAAUCAUGAACCUGAAACAAUAGUUAUUGAUUCAGAUGAAUCUAUUCAUGAACAACAAGAAUCUCAUUCUUUUUUUGCUUUUGAUUGGACAAGUGAAAGACCUACACCUACAAGGACAUACCCAAAUCAAAUUCAAACAGCAUCUCGAGCUCCAAUUCCACCUUUAAAUACUGUGAUGAAUGUUACGAAACAUCAUUUAGAUCCAUCUGAUACUGUUCCAUUGUUUCCGAGAAUUCUUCAAAAUGAUAGAUAUAUACAACAAGCACAACGAAAAACGAUAAAUAUUCCAAUGUCUUCACCUUCGUCAUCACCAUUACCAUUACCUUUACCCACAUCAACAUCAGCAUUUACUCGACCUGUUGCGCAACGUGUUCAACAAGGAAAAGUCAUUCGAAUGCCUUAUGCACAUUCUAUACAACCGCCACCUGUAAUACUUAGUCAUCGAAGUGAACCAAUAUUUUCACCAAGAUUUUCUUCGCCAUCGCCUGUUCCAAUGGUAGCAACAACAGCGACACCAGAAAUUCGUCGUCAACCACUUAAUGGUAAUGGUAUUUUAUCAGCAUUUUAUGAUUCAAAAUGUUAUCGAUGUAAUAUCUGUAAAUUUAAAAGUGUUACAAGUUCAAUACUUCUUCAACAUCUUUUUACUCAUAUAUUUUUUUGUCAUCAAUGUUCAUUUUAUACAUAUUCAAAUCAUAAUUUAUAUCAACAUAUAACUGAAAAACAUCAUUCUCAUUUUAAUGAUGAUAAUUUUGAUCCAAAAAAGUUAGAUUUACUUUAUGUUACACGUUGUCAAGAUGGAACAUUUGCUUUAUGUAUGGAUUCGUCGCAACCAAAAAUAACUUCGACAUCAUCAACAAUAACACAUACUGAUGAACAACCUAAUAAUGCAGCAACAACCGAUAAUUUUCCAACAACCAAUAAUAAUCAAAAACCUAAACGUAAACCUUCUAAGAAAAAACCUCCUAUACAAAAGAAAACUGAAGAUAUUGAUAUCGUACUUUUAUCAGAAAAACAAGAUAUUACUUCUCAACCAUCAUUGUCAGUAUCAUUACUAUCAUCAUCAUCACCACCAUCAUUAUCACCAUCAUCAUCAAUAAGAAAACAUCCAAAAUUUAGAGAGAAACAAACGCAUACAUAUGUAUUGAUGAAACACCGUCGUUGCUUUUCAAGUCGAAAUCCAUUAUGUUUACAUUCAUUAACAUUAGAAUAUGCUAUAUGUCAAGAACAUACUAUUAGACGUAUGUGUAAAACACAAGCAAUAGUAAAAAGACAAAAAUUUCAACCGAAAUUCAAAAUAUUAAGAUUGGUCGAUGAAGUAUCAAGAUGUUUGAAAACAAUUGUUAAUGAUAUUGUGGACAUAGAAGAUAACAGAGAUUCGCAUAGUCUCAUAUAUGUCUUGCCAAGUAAUAUUAUCAACUUAAUAUUUCCAACUGAUGAUCUUAAUACACUGAUGAAUUCAUUAAAAUUAAAUAAUAAAUAUGAUAACAUGAUUGAACAGAACGAACAAUAUGAUUCUGAAUGUUCCGUACGUACAAAUAGGCAACAUCUUUUUAUUUUAUCUUCAUCGGAAACGAACAAAAAUGAACAAACAAUUAUAACUUCAUUACAUUCAUCAAUAACAAAUACGGAUUCAACUUUUUUACAGACAACACUUAAUAAAUUACCAAUAUCAUACGAAAACACACAUCGAUUUUUAAAAGGAACUAUCAAGCCUCUUCCACAAACGACUAAUUCAACUUCAAAAGUUUUAAAAAAGAAUAAUUUAAUUCCACCACUUAUUCCAUCAGGAAAUCCUGAACCAAGUUGUUCUGCUGUCACUAAACCCUCACAACAUACAAGUCUUUCAUCAACAUCACCAAUACAUGAUAGAAAUAAUAAUCCAAUUACACCAUCAAUAUCAAGAAAACCUUCAAUACCAAGUGUUAUUAUUCUUGACUAA